UUUCCUAAUUUCUUUUCUCUUUUUUUUUAACUUCUUCUUCUGCAGCCUCUGCAAAUAAUAAUAAUCAUAAUCAUCAUCCAAACUUUUGCAGCAAACUUUUCUUGACAGACCUGGAAGAGGAGGGGGAGGCAAAGAGACCCAAUCAAAACACAAAAAUGUGCUUUCAACCAACCUCUCCAGCCGCCUAGCGCUACCUGCUCUGCUCUAUUUCCUUAUUAUUUGCUGCACUCCUGCCAGGAGCCCCUUCCGCAAAAUAACUUUGCUCCCCACCUGCCCUCCUCGCCAAGCUGUGGAAACCUGUUGGGGGGCCGGCGGGGGAGGGAGGCUUGGGGAUAGUUGCUGCCGGUUUGGGUAGCAGUCACCCCCAGCUCUUUGCUGGCUUAUGAUUUGCCCUUUCCCCCAACCUGUUGCAGCAGCUCUCAGCCUUGCACCCAGGCUGUGCCAACUGGUUCUUUGGAAGCCAAAACAAUAAUCCUUCCCGGGACUUUUUCGGUGCUUCGUUUUUGUGGAGUUGAGAGGGGGAUUUUUUUCCCCACCCCGCCCUUAAAAACCCAACUUCGCCUCCUCGCUCCCGCCCGCGCCUGGAAGAUGCUCCUGACCCUCUGCCUGCUGGUGGGCAUGUGCCUGGGCUCCUCCCAGGGCCUGGGCUCCUUCGUGCACUGCGAGCCGUGCGACGAGAAAGCCCUGUCCAUGUGCCCGCCCAGCCCGGCGGGCUGCGAGCUGGUGAAGGAGCCGGGCUGCGGCUGCUGCAUGACCUGCGCCCUGGCCGAGGGGCAGUCCUGCGGGGUGUACACCGAGCGCUGCGCCCAGGGGCUGCGCUGCCUGCCCCGCCAGGGCGAGGAGAAGCCGCUGCACGCCCUGCUCCACGGCCGGGGCCUCUGCCUCAACGAGAAGAGCUACCGGGAGCAAGCCAAGCUGGAGCGGGAAUCCCGCGAGCACGAGGAGCCGACCACCUCGGAGAUGGCGGAGGAGACCUACUCGCCCAAGGUGAUCCGGACCAAGCACGGGCGCCUCUCCGAGCUCAAGGCCGAGGCCCUGAAGAAGGACCGCAGGAAGAAGCUGACCUUGUCGAAGUUCGUCGGCGGGGCGGAGAAUACGGCGCAUCCCCGGGUCGCCGUCCCUGAGCUGAGGCAAGAGUUCGAGCUGGGCCCUUGCCGCAGGCAGAUGGAGGCCUCGCUGCAGGAGAUCAAAACCAGCGAACGGAUGAUCCCCCGAGCUGUUCACCUUCCCAACUGCGACCGGAAGGGAUUCUACAAGAGGAAACAGUGCAAACCGUCCCGGGGGCGGAAGCGCGGGCUGUGCUGGUGCGUGGACAAGUAUGGACUGAAGCUGCCGGGGACCAAUUACGUGGCGGGCGACCUGCAGUGUCACAGCUUCGACAGCGGCGUCACCGAGUGAAGGGCCUGCGCCGUCCCCCCGCCCCCCUGCCCCCACGCCUCCCCACGCCCCGGGACUCCGAACCCUUUCAUCUCAUUUCGAAAAACGGAAGAAACUGAGGACCUCGGAAUCUGCAGCCCGUCCUCGCCUGCGUGGCGGCGGCGGCUAAAGGAGAAGAGGAAAGCAGAAGUCAAACCGGCGCCGCCUUCCCAGUACAGACUCCCCCAAAUGCUCUCGACUCCCCAUGCAGGGACACGGCCAGCGGCAAAGUAGGCAUCGACUUGGGGGCUUUUCUAUUGUGGGUUUGGUUUGGUUUGUUGAUACGGGGGGGUGGGGUGUCUUUUUUUGUUUGUUUUGGUUUUUAGACUAGCCAGCAACUUUCUAAACGGUCUCCAGCGAAACCAGACAAAGCCCCACGAUGAGGCCCACGUCCACCGCUCAGCCCUUGCGUUGGAGUGGCUUGUUCGGCACUGCCAGAGCUAAUAUUGAUCCUCCACUGGCGCCCAACGCCCUUUGAUUGAUAUCUCCGUAGAGAUAGAUGCACAGCUUUCUGGGCGUUCGGGGUCUGGAACAUUGUUGUAAACGGGUUUGCAUUUCUUUAGGAAACGAGUCAGGGGAUAACAGCUCCUGCUGGCAAAAGAUAGUGGUGGCUCCUUUUAAAAAAAAAAAAAAAAGCAACAGCCAAAAGAUAACCAAUCACCUUUCAGCUCCGUCGGGGUCGUUGUCCCUGAGCAGUGUCAGGAAUCUUAUUUCCUGUCAAGUGAAAUCAGUUGAAAUGUUGUUGGCCAUCGGUGUGUGGCAAUUUAUGUUGUGUGUGUACCUGCGGCUCUAUUUCCGCCUUGCAAAACUGGCUCCAAUCCUGCAGUCACAUGUGCUUAACUUUACGCACAUGAGAAGUCCUGGCAUUGGCCGCUGUCGGAAGACAGGAUACUGGGCUAGAUGGACCUUUGGUCUGACCCAGUCUGGCCGUUCUUAUGUCCUGUAGACAUGAAUGGGCCUUUUCCCAUGCUUAAAAUCCUGCACGAGGUCAAGGGUUUGGAAAAUCAGCGUCCAAAUUCAGGCAGAAGGCCCCCCACCACACACACACAAUCCUGCAAACAAUUUAGCAUGUGUCUAACUUUACUCACCGGUGCAGUCCCACAGACAGCUGUGCUUAAAUGGCUGUGGGAUCGGGCUCAAAAAUCUUUACCACCCUCUGCCAUGAUGGGAAAAAUGAAUGAUAUUGUCCUUGCCCAUCAAAAGAAUCAUUUGCCCAAAUGCAAACCUCUCUCUUCUUCUGUUGCAAUGGUAAAAUACCAAUGUCAAGUCUCUCCCCCUGCAAUGAGCUCCAUAGACACCUAGGCCCCGGCAGAGUUUAUUGCGGGAUUGGUGCCGUAACUUGGCCAGGACUGUUUGGCCAGCUCCUCGGCUGUUGUUACUCACACCACGGAAGCCACUGAUCUGACCAACUCAAGCGGCAUCUUCAGGCGUGUCCAGAUCGCUGCAGCCUUUGGACUUGUGUAUUUUUUAACUCUUGGGACCGUUUUUCCCCCCCCCCCCACUUUCCCCACGACAAGGGUCUUUGUUAAGGUCGCUCCCAACGAGACUCCGCAGCAAAGAGGACGGGGCGUUUGGCUGACUCCCUGCUUUGGCGAACUACCGGUGCUCAAGCUGUCGCUACCCAUUGCUACGUUGCUGAGUGUGCGGACGCGCCCCCCGAAAGAACUAGCCCCCACCCCAUCCUGGCAGAGGCUACGACUGGCCCAGGCAGCGUGCUAAUUAGAGAUACGAAGAGCGCGCCGGUUUCUUCCCUGUGCCAGCCGGGACGGGCCCUGCUGCAGGCUGAUCCUCAGAAAAGCCAGAGCGACGCCCACAACAUGCUAGCGCAGAUCGAAGGGAACCAAGGAAUCUUCCCGAGCUAGACUGGCCACUGCGUGACCGGGACUUGUGGGGUUUCUUCCUCGACCUUCCCAGAGGAGCAUGAGCCUGGCGCUGCGGGGGCUGGGCAGUGCCUCCCGCCCCCGCCGGGCUUCGGGCAGUGGUGGGGGGGAGGGGUUACCCCACUGGUUUUGCUGAGCGGAGCAGAGGGUUUUGCCCCACGGGAGACUGGCAGGGAGUCUGUGUGUGCCAGCGUCCCCUGUCUGUGCUGUGCCGCCGGGCUCCCAACACCAGAGCAGGCCGUGCUCACAGAGCCUGAUUCUCAGUUCCCCAGGCACGUGCUCAGGGCAGAGGGCGCCUUGUAUUCUGGGGCUGGGCAGCCCCCAGGGUCAGGUAGGGCAGCCUCAGGGCUGCUCUGGCUUAUGCUCUGGCCCUAGUGCAGUGUGCUCUGGCCACCCUUCCUCCCAGGCCAGCCGGAGACACAGCGCCUAGCAUUGUGCAAAGGGGCCGCGGUGUAACCGGGAACCAGGCCCACAGAACAGGCCUAGCGAGGGAAGCGGAGACUCAGGCUGAGAAACUAGCAGUGAUUUGAGAGCGGAAACCGCCUCAAACGCCUUUCUCCUAUCACCAGGUGGCGCCAUUUCCCAGGGCAAGGCUGGCUGCGCAGGUCCGUGGGUCUCGCCAUGUGAGAUGUGUCCCCUCUCUGCCCACCCACGGCCUGGUUCUCAGGACAGUCCAUGGACUCCCCUCCACACACACACACACACCAGCCCUAGCUCUAGCGCAGGGAGGUGCAGAAAGCUCACGACACUUUUCCCUUCCCCUGCCAGCCAAAUGCGUGCGGGGAAUGCAGGGCCACCCCCAGGGUACUCAGUGGAGUUACAGGAGGCCUGGAUUUAUUCCACGCAUGGCCACGGAUAGCACAUCCAUUGGGACCCACCCCCCACUCCCACCCCAGGAAGCAUCAAAACCCGGCCACCCAGCAGCCCUGGCCAUCUCUCCAGCUUGUCCUGGAAGCUCUGGGCUACUUGAAGGGACAGAUGAGCACACACUGCUGCGGCCGAGUCCGGCUGGGGAGCCCAAACAGGUCAACGUUCAAAGGCGUUUGGCAAACAUCUUUCCAUUUCCAAUGGACUGACCCAGUCCACCAACGCCAAAGUCACCCCUAUAUCCUGGUCCGGCUCUGCUCCCCGCCCCCAGGAGCAGACCCGGGGUGAUCCCACCUUGCUCCGGAGGUCACUGUGUGCAUUAGAGGCGAGCCACAGCCUUGGAGAAUGGGGUAGCUGGCAGAGAAGAGAGCACAGGGGCCAUGUACACCCCAAAGGAGGACGUACGGCGCUAGCAAAGCUCUCGCAUGGGGAGGCAGUGCCCCCAUCAGCCUGGCUUGGCCAGUCCCUCUGCCACGCGCCCUCCCCAAGUGACCCCGAGUCCUGACUCUUUUAGGCCAGUACCCACCUGCCUCCCUUCUUGCGCGCUCUCGCCCUUGCUUGUUUGUUUGUCUUGCUGUGGGUUUAGUCCCCGAAACUUGAAAGCUGCGAAAGCAGGGCCAGGCUGCGGUCUCGCCGUGUCUGCACUCAGCUACGGAUGGCAGCUACUGGCUGGGGGGGGGGGGGGAGGCAGGGUAGGGAGGUGUCACCUCCUAACUGUUUCUUAUAGCUCGCACCCUGAGACCUUUUAUUGAAAAGUUGAUGGGGCAAAGGUGAGUCUAAAUUUGACUCUCGGCUACCCCAGGGUCAAGGCCCAAGCCAUUGCAGUCAGUAGCACGGCUCCCAUUGCUUUUACCGGGGGGAGAACUUGGUCCUCACUUCUGUGCUCUCAGUGGCGUUUACAGUGGAGGGGGAGAGAAAAGGACUGUCUCUGUGGCUCCAUUGGGAUCCCCCCAGUGUACACAACGUGGGGAAAGGGGGGGAACUAGAGAAGGCCUGGGCCUGGGGCAGCAGCCUAGCCGAAAGCUAAUACUCUUCUGCCUCAGUUUCCCCCUCCCCCCGCUGAAGUGAUCCCCUGUGUGUCUGUGAGCUCAGCCCUGGGGGGAGGCACAGCCAGCCAUUGCCCCGUGUUACGGCUGCCAGUGGGAUCCCAGCGCCCCCCACCCCCCACCCCCGAAGCAUUAAAGCUGCCCAUCGGCCCGCAUUCUGCAGCCUGCCGUCACUCAUUGAGGGCCUGGAAAGGGGAUUGAGGCUGGGGCAGAUUCAGGCUGUCCCAAGGCCUUCUGCUCCCCGGUUCCCCAGCAAGCACACAGUGACUGUCGUCCCCCCCCCCCCCACUAUGGAGCAGCAUAGGGAUCCCUUCCCCCACAACGAGAGCCUGAGUGGGCCAGCCCAGGGACUGGGAACCCAGUGGAGACACAGCCCCUCAGGUGCUUCGCCCCCACAGAACUGUGGGUCUCUGCCAUCAUUGCUCACAGCUGCGUGGUCCCCUUUGGAGGGGCCCGGGGCUGAGUCCGGAGAGAGGAGGACGCCCGGCUGCACAGAAGGGCUGUCAGUACUCCCCAGGGGCCGUGACUGUUUGAAAACUGCACUAAGAUUUGCUAAGCGGGAUCGUGCCUCGUCCCGGGAAAUGGUGACCCUCCCACCCUGCCCCAGGAAAGGAGCUUGCUUUGGGGGAGCGGUUUGGGUUUUUUUAAUAGUGGGUCAAGCAAACCCAGACGGGAAGACUCCCGCCAGUAACAGCUUAAUCCCCGGGGAGCUCGGAGGCACAUUUCACCUUUCGGUGUUGUUCUAGCCUGACUCUGUGCCAAUGAAACAAGCGGGCGGGGGAAGCAAAAGGGGAUCUAAUAGGGUUCAGAUUCCUCACCACCAUGCCCUUGCCUUGCUUUCAAACAAUUCCUCUCCUCCACGGCCGGGCUGCAGCAGGCAGUCUUACUUUAAAACCACUAGUACAAGAGCAUUUUUGCACUAUUUUCCACUCUCUCUUUCGGUUGUUUUUUUCCCUAAUGGAGUGUGUCUAUUUAAACAAGCGACAAUUCCCCUUGAUUCCAGCCCUCCCCAUACCAGCACCUUGGCUCGUCGUUCAGUGCAGUGCACUGCACUGCCUCUUGCCCCCCCGCCCCGCUGGCCUUGGUACAGCCCGUCCACAAUGCAGUUAUCUACCAUUAUAGUACAGUUGUUAACACACCAGAUUCCGAGAUUCCUGCCUGGUUUUUAAUCUUUAAGCAAUACUCACUACACAUUUUACGGUAGCUUUUUAUAGCUUUACAUACAUACAGUAGCUCUGUUUUUUUUGUUUUGUUUUGUUAUUGUUUUUCCAGUAAAGAGACAUAUAGAUAAUCGUACUGGUGGGGAAAAAAAAAAAAAGACAGUUUGUGAAAAACGGACGACAGAUGAGGAGCUUAAUGCUCUGUUUUGUACUUUUAAAAACAAAUCUCACGUUUUAUUAAAAAGUGAAGAUUGCUGUAUACUAUUUAUUCCACGUAUAAUUUAUGUUACUCUUUGAUCUUUGUCUUUUCUCAUGGCAAAGCAUUUAUUUAAUAAAGUUAUGCAUUCAGUUA